AUGGCAAGGAAAUCAUCAGCUCCUCCAUCAUCAUCAUCAUCUCCUCCUCCUCCUUCUUCUUCAGUAUUGUUAUCCCGACAAUAUGACAAGGACGGUAUAAUGAAUGACGAUUAUGAUCAACGCAUCAAUAUCUGGUGGGACUGUUUGGAUCCUGAAAAUCCUGAAAUUGAUAUUUAUGAUCAUCAUCAUUUUAACACAUGUCCUUCGUCCUUUGGUGGGGGCUCCGGCUCGACAUCGAUUGUUGAUAACGAUUUCUCAGCAAGCCUACCACCCGGCCCGGACCCACAACUUUAUUAUUUCUCCCAGUUCGGUCAAGGGGAGGAGGUGGUGGUUGAAGAAGGUGGCGCCGCCGCCGCCGCCCUUGGUGGUGAUGAUGAUGAAGAAGAUUUAUUUGGUUGUUCUUCUUCUUGCUCGGGUCUUUUCUCACCAGAUUCUGAUUUCUGGGGUCUGCUGUCCUAGUACUACUACCAACCAUCAUCAUCAUCAGGAACAACCGGCCGCCGCCGCCACCUUGGUCCUCUGAUUAAUUUACUUCUCUCUUUCAAGGAUUUCGAUAUGGUAUAAGUAGUAUUACUGUUCGAUAUGGUAUAAGUAUUUUCAGUUUAUCUGCAGCUAGCAAACCCAGAAAUAGCACAGAAAUUUGGAUAUUCCGUCUCUCAGCAAAUGCCUGUAAACCAUAUCCUCGUCAUGGACAUGCAUGGUUGGCAUGCAUUAACUAGUUGAUUGGAUUACAAAGAUCGAUCUUUGUUUGAACAUCAUCAAAUCUUAUGUGUGUUACUUUCGUUAAAUCAUAUGAACCUCGACAUAUGUUAUUAACGUUUCUAUUUCCAUUGGUAACAAUGGUUUGUAAAACCACGAGGACAAAUCAUGGUUGAAACAUGGUGUAAUAGAGAGGUAUUGUAAAAUAUGGAGUAUUAAUCUUGGCAUAUGCCGCCUCUUUCAUUGU